AUGGCGCCAGACCUUUCAGUUCUUGAGGAAAGACAAGAUAUUCCCGACGUCCUGGCCAAAUUUCCUUCCGGUCCACUGAAUCAAUUCCUCAGAAUCAUCAGCACUCUACCAGCGGGCGCGGCAGCUCUCGACGCAGUGGGAUUGAUUUUGACCCCUCUUCAACAGGGCCUCGCGGACUCUGUCGGCAUUGACACGACGGAGGAUGACUUGGAGGACAACGCAGCGUGCACCGACAUCACCGUCAUAUUCGCUCGAGGUACCACUGAGCCGGGAAACGUCGGGCUGGUGACAGGACCGCCCUUUUUCGACGCUCUCAACCAGCAGCGUGGGACCAAGACCGUUUCGAUUCAGGGAGUCGAGUACCCCGCAACUUUUGCUGGGUUCAACAAGAAUGGCACCGAGGGUGUCCCAAGCAUGACAAACUUCAUUAACGAUGCUGCAACCAAGUGCCCCAACACGAAAAUUGUCAUGUCAGGCUACUCCCAGGGUGCUCUGGUUGUCCGUAGCACUGCAAACUCUCUUCCUGCGGCUACUAUGGCCAAGAUCAACUCUGUUUUGACGUUUGGAGAUCCUGGCAACCCGAACGACAUUACUGGCGGUGAGGGCAAGACCAAGAUCAUCUGUCACGAUAACGAUGCUGUUUGUAGCGGAGGUUUCAUUACCGUCGACCAUUUGACGUACGCUGAGGAUGCGGACGCUGCUGCUCAAUUUGUUUUGCAGAUGGCAAGUAUGUCGAAAGGAGGAUAG